AUGUCUUUCACACGGGAUUUACGUCGAAUAACUCAUCCGUAUUAUUUAUUUAAUAUAUUUUUAUCUUUUUCUUAUCUUUUAGCUAAGAAAUUACCCUACGUUUGUAGCUAUGUAUUUAUUAAUUCAGAGAAAAAAUGUGAAUUUGAUUCUCGUGAAUCGGAUAUUCUUUUCUUUUUAAUUAUUGUUGUUAUGAUCAGAACGAGAAAAACUGGUAGUGUGACCAUGUUAAGUUAUUUAUCAUCUUCGUUUAUUUAUACAAAAGUUACUAACAUGAUAUUAUGGUUCUAUGCUGAUUUAAGAAUGGGAUUAUUAUACACAGUAUUAUUUGUGUUGGUCGGAAUAUUUUUCCCCGAGCCGACUUAUUCGGGUCCACAAAAUGUGACAUAUUUUAGAGGGCUUCAAGGCCUUGAAGAAGAGUUAGAAAGAGACAAACAAGUUAAUUGGCUUGUUGCUUUUUACACAAUGUGGAGUCCAUCAUGUAAUAAUUUUGCUCCAAUAUUUUCCCAAUUGUCUGGAAGCUAUCAUUCUGAGUAUUUAAGAUUUGGUAAAGUUGAUGUAGGAAGAUACCCGGAUGCUGGAAAAAAAUAUCAUGUCAGUGAUUCACCUGUAAGCAGACAGUUACCUACACUUAUCCUUUUUCAAAAUGGAAAGGAAACAAUUCGAAGACCAACUGUAAAUAGUAGUAAAACAUUACAAAAGUUUUUUUUCUCAGAGGAUAAUAUAAGAGUUACAUUCGAUUUGAACAAUUUAAAUGAGCAAAGUAAAUUAAAAUCAAACCAAGGGAAAACUUUGAUUAUUUUUAAAAAGAACCAGUGA